UUAGUUUUUAUUUUGCGACUCCGCAUGAGUAAUUCGAGUAACGAAAAUGGCUACCACUUAGCAAGUUGGAUUUUUGGAUUUAUUUGUGAUGUCGCGACUGGCAGAUUAUUUUGUAAUUGUUGGAUAUGAUCACGAAAAAGAAAGAAGUGGAAGCAGCUGCGGUAAAAUCCUGCAGAGGUUCCCAAGAACAGACUGGCCCGACUGCCCAUUCACUCCAGGAAUAGAACUGUUCUGCCAGCCGACAGGAUGGGUGCUCUCCAGCCAGCGACAACAGCCCACGUUCUUCGUGUCCGUCCUCACAGACAUCGACGCCGACAGACACUACAGUGCCUGUCUCACUUUCUACGAGCCCGUUGCAAGGACGACAAAGCCUGAUGACGAAGACCUUGACGACCCCGACGUGAUCAUUCCCCAUCACUCACAGAUGUUCGCCCCCAAGAGUCUUGUACUCAUCACCAGACAUUUUUAUUUUGACACAUUUAGAAAUUGUCUCGGUAUCAUCUACACUGCAUACAUGGACCACCUGCCAGUGGAGAUGGAGACACUGGUGGGGAACAUCCUUGGCUGUGUACAUAGCCCGCCUCCUGGGGGCCCCCAGUACCGGUUCUCAAUCGGGGCUGGGGACCGACAGGCCCUUCAGCCCCCUCUCUGCUCCACCAUACCCUCCACACACGAUGCUGUAGCCCUGCUGUUUGACCAGCUGGGUGUACAAAAUGUGAUCAAUGUGUACGCCUUGUCAUUGACGGACCACAAAAUUCUCUUCCACUCACAGAGCUUCAUCCGACUAACAGAGGCCAGUCAUGCUCUAGUCUCUUUGCAGUACCCUCUCAAAUACACGUAUGUGUACAUACCCAUACUGCCGUCACCACUUAUUGAGGUGCUCAAUACACCAACACCGUUCAUCGCCGGCGUACACUCAAUACACAGAGAGGAGAUCAGAGAUCUGCUGGAUGUGGUUAUCAUCGACCUUGAUGGGGGCAGUGUUCACAUCCCCGAGUGCGUGGUGCUACCUUCCAUACCCGAGCCCGUCCUCUCAAGGACUAUUAGGGCUCUUCACAUGAUUUUACAUCAAGAUCUGUUGAUAGCAGAUCAUGCAUUUCCCCCUUCCCCGUCCAAGAAGUCAGUUCCACCGGAACAAAAGGACAAGGAAAUCCGCGCUGUGUUCAUCCGCCUGCUUGCCGAGCUACUUACUGGCUACCGAUCCUGUCUCGCACUCAUCCGCAUUCAUCCAGAACCAUUCAUCACAUUUCAUAAAGCCAGUUUUCUAGGGCACAAAGGGUUGGUAGAAGAUGACUUCAUUCUCAAGGUGUUGUCGGGCAUGAGUUUUAACACGUUUGUCUCCGAGAGGGGACCGCCGUACAGAGUCUGUGAUAUAUUUGAUGAGGUGUAUGCGACUAUGCAAGAUGACCUAAGGGAAGAGAAGGCUGACCCAAGUAAAACCAUCCACAACGUGAAACAACUUGCUCAACAACUGCAUAAUAAUGAAGUUCCGAAUCCUCAGCCGUAUGUUCAAAAGGUGCCAAAGCCAACGGAGGGCUCGUACGCCCGAAUACACCAGCCCACCUUCCCAACCCUGGAUGAGGAUAAAGUCAACGCUAUCAUAGAGGAUGGAAUCUCAAAACAAGCCAAAAAUAACAAAGUAACGAAUGGGCGUUCCCAGAAACGAAUAGUUCCGAUGGGUCCGGCUAUAUCGACGGUGGGGGACCGACAGAAGAUAGUGGACAACAAUGCACGGCGGUUAGAGGUUCUCAGGAAUUGUGUCAACUUCAUCUUCGACAACAAGAUCUCAGAUGCCAGGAUUAUAUUUCCUGCGGUGGUGCGCUCGUUGAAGAGUAAGGUGGCGCGUAUCGCUCUGACCCAAGAGCUGGGUCAUCACAUACAGAGUAAUCGUGCCAUGUUGGAACACCAGCAGUUUGACCUUGUAGUCAGGCUCCUAAACUGUGCUCUACAGAACGACUCUUCCAUGGACGAGAAUGGUGUUGCUGCCAGUAUACUUCCUUUAGCUACCUCAUUUUGUCGGAAACUGUGUACUGGUGUGAUCCAGUUUGCAUACACUCUGGUGCAGGACCAUGCUGUGUGGGGGAACCAGCAGUUCUGGGAGGCAGCCUUUUACCAGGAUGUGCAAAAGGACAUCCGCCAGCUGUACGCCCCCCAGUACGAGGAGCACAUCAUGGUACGCUGGAGACGCGAGGGUUCCCGCCACAGACAUAGUAUGGAACUAACAGCAGUGCAGACACAGACCCCGGAGUCGAAGCGGCGGUCUGUGAGUCCAUACAAGCAGAAGGAGAUAGGGGCACUGGAGAUCGCUGCAGAACAGUUGCGUAUCUGGAGCACAUUGUCUGAGGGACAACAGCAGGAGAUGAUAAACAAUGAAGAGUCAACAGUGUACAGUCAGGCCAUACACUAUGCCAACCGCAUAGUCUACAUGCGGGUACCCCUUGACUGCUCAAAGUCAUUGAAAAAUACUGGGCUGGAUGAUGACACAAAAAGCAAUAGCAAUAUCACUGCCAGUCUGGCCGAGAGUGACAGUGUAGAUGCAGAGAGUGGUUUUGAUGAGACGGAAGAAGGAGGCAAUGUUGUGCCGGAUGUUAUCCGCUUCGUUACUCGGUUUGUGGACAAGGUGUGUCGCGACAGCUGCGUCACUGAUGGCCACAUCAAGUCUCUACAUCAGAUGGUACCAGGUGUUGUAGCAAUGCACGUAGAAACUUUAGAAGCUGUCAGCAGAGAAGCAAAGAGACUACCUCCCAUACAGAAGCCUAAGAUCCUGACACCUGCGCUGUUUUCGGGCGAGGAGAUAGUGAUGGAAGGGCUACGCGUGUACCUGCUGGCGGACGGGCGAGAGGAGGGGACAGGAGUCACCAUGGGUGGCCCCUCCCUGCUCCCUGCAGAGGGCGCUAUUUUCCUCACCACAUACAGGAUAAUCUUCAAGGGCAUACCCUGUGAUCCACUGGCUUGUGAGCAGGUGAUAAUGCGAGCCUUUCCCGUCUCCACAUUGACAAAGGAGAAGAAAAUGAAUGUGCAAUACUUACCACACCUAAACCAGUGGUUACAGGAGGGGCUGCAACUUCGAUCUAACAUCUUCCAGCUGCUAAAGAUAGCAUUUGAUGAGGAGGUUGUUGCUGACAAUGUGGAGACGUUCCGUAAGCUUAUGAACAAGUGUCGCAAUCCGGCCACCAUCUUCAACAGCUUUGCUUUCACUGGCCUCACCAUCGCCCAGCCUGCAACCAUGCACAAACAGAAGGAAAAGAACAAAACACUCAGACACUAUGCCAAGAAGACUCUGUUGAAGACUGCCAAAAAGGCUGGAAUAAAGACAAAGCAGAGUUCGCGGCAGAAGACCAAGUAUGUCCUGCCAACCCAGCAGUAUGGACGCAGCCUCACCCCAAGGUCAUCUGAUAGUGAAUCUGAGGGUGGCAGACCUGGCAGUGAAAUAUUUGAUGAUCUCUCUAUUGUGGAUGAAAAUGAGUUUGAGUCGAGUCUGUUUGCCGACCCAAAGAACCUGGAGAAGUUACUGGAGAAGCCUGGUUACCAUGACUACAUCCGCCUGGGGCUGGGCAGUCUGUCGCUCACAGCUACCAGGGAUAGGUCAGCGUCCGAGCCUUUCAGAAUUUCAUCAGUGAAUGCUCACUACUCUGUAUGUAGAAGCUACCCGGCUUUGCUGGUUGUUCCCCAGUCAGUAUCAGAUGAUAACAUUCGACGCUUUGCCAGAACACACAGGCAGUGCAGAUUCCCAGUGAUAACAUGGCGUCACAGUCGCACGAAGGCCCUGCUGUUACGUGCAAGCAGCUUCCACAGUAGAGGCCUCAUGGGCAUGCUAAAACAUAACACAUCAACAACUUCUGCAAGUGGGGAAUCCACCUCCAGCCUGGAACAGGAGAAGUAUUUCUCAGUACUGGUGGCGGCCACCCCCAACAGUGCGCGGACGGGCUCCUACAAGACAUCGUUCAGUGACUCUCUAGACUCCCUCGACAGUCUUGUCAUGUCCGGUGCCACUGGAGGGUCUCUCGCUAUCCCAGAGUCCUCCGAUACCUUCCGCAGACCUGCCAAAACUGGAAAGUCAUCCAGAAGUAGUUUAAAGCUAAAAGGUCAAUCUGGGAACGGAGAUUUUGUGGCCCUGCACCUCUCAGGGGAUGCAACUCCCAACACCAUGAGACGCAGUAUGUUCGCACGGGCAGUUAAUACCCUCCGUAGCAGCGGGGGCAAGGGACAUAACCUGGGCAAGAAAAAGCUAUACGCGAGUUUAGAGGUUUUAACCCUGCCAAGGAGACCAAGAAGAAAUUAUUUUUCAACACUGACCCGUAUAGGAAGUACUAAGGAGCCCCCGCGGACAGCAACACUGAACCCAGCGAGGUUCUCCCAGCCCAACGGGGAGGUGGAGCGGGCAGGGGACCUCAUCAGUAACUCCAUGCAGGGCCUCAAGAAAGUCUCCCUUUAUGUGCUUGGGGAAAAGGCUCAAAUGAAGGGAGUUAAACUGGAGUCAUUUCCGAAGUGUGACUUCAUCCCAGUAGACUUUUACGAGGUUCGUCAUGUGAAGGCAAGUUUCAAGAAAUUGAUGAGGGCAUGUGUACCAAGCUCCCCACAUGGGCCGGACGCUUCCUUCCUGAAGGCUAUAGAGGAGUCUGGAUGGCUGCCACAGCUCCAGAACAUCCUGCAGCUGGCAGGUGCAGCAGUGGACCUGCUGGAUGUGCAGGGCUCCUCGGUGAUUAUCUGUCUGGAGGACGGCUGGGACAUCACCACCCAGGUAGUGGCUACUGCCCAGGUUCUUCUGGACCCAUACUAUCGCACCCUGGAUGGCUUUCGGGCCCUCAUAGAAAAGGAGUGGCUUUCCUUUGGGCAUCGCUUCACCCACCGCAGUAACCAGACACAGGCAAACCAGGCCAGCGGCUUUGCCCCAAUCUUUCUACAGUUCUUGGAUGUUAUCCAUCAGAUACAUCAGCAGUUCCCACUAUCAUUUGAGUUCAACCAGUACUUCCUCAAGUUCCUGGCCUACCACUAUGUGUCAAACCGGUUCCGCACCUUCAUGCUUGACAACGAGCUGGAGAGAAUGGAAGCUGGUUGGCUGCUGGAGGAGAAAAAGCCUCACCGAUUGGAUGAGCUGGAUGAAGAGGCAGGGUUUUCUCAGAAACACUUUGGACAGCAGGGCGGGCUGGGAACGCCAAUCUGGGACUACAUAGACAAGCACCACCGUAAAACCCCGCUAUUCCAUAAUUUCAUGUUUAGUCCUGCUGAUCAAGAAAUGGUUUUACGUCCUUACUCCAACUUGUCCAAUAUGAAGAUCUGGGACUACUACCUAACAGAGGACCUUGCCCACGGACCCUCGUAUGACAUUGAGGUGGCUCAGCGGGAAAUCUCCCAGAACGAGGAUACAGACAGCCUGGAGAUGCCCGGGCAUAUGGUCAGGAAGAUUAUUAAUGGCUGCUAUGACAACAUCAUGUUGCAACAGCCUGAUCACUUCCAAUGGCAGUUUCAGGAAAUCCUAAAACUAGAACGAGACCUCGGUCAUCUGCCGCGAAAGUGGAAGACCUUUUGGGAUCGGCUGCAAUCACCCGCUCGGGACCCGUCCUCCCUUCCACGAGACAUGCAUGCUCGCUCCCAUGGGCGCUCAAUCCACAAGCGGUCCACACUCGAAAUCUUAGUGAAAGGAAAGAUUCUAGGGGAGGCAGCACGGAGCUUUGCCCAGCCACACAGAUUCGAGGAGCUCACAUACACCACUGCCGUCAACUGUGACCUCUGUGGCGAGAUCCUCUGGGGUCCUGUCAAACCAGGUCAGCACUGUGUAGAUUGUGGAUACAAGUGCCACGAGAAGUGCAUGUCCAAUGUUCCCCGUAAUUGCACAAAGCUGAAGGCCAUCAGUGAUGUGUCCACAAGCAGCUCGAGUAUCUCGAGGCCUAGUAUCUCUGAGACAAGCUCCACUCACGGACAGCAGGAUAGAGUAAUGACAAUAACACCAAGCCAGAUCUAUGAACAAUUUACCCCAAGCUCAACAGAGCACCGCACACAUGAGGGUUAUCUGUACAAGAGAGGGGCACUACUCAAGGGGUGGAAACAGCGCUGGUUUGUCCUCGACUCCAUGAAACAUCAGCUACGAUGGUAUGACAGUAUGGAAGAUUCGACAGCCAAGGGUUUUAUCGAUCUCUCUGAGGUCGAAUCGGUUCGUCCAGUCGGCAGCAAACAUGUACAAGGGGCCCCUAAAAAGGCGGAUGAAAGUGGCUUCUUUGAGAUGAAGACCACCCGGCGGCUGUACCAUUUCCUGGCCUCAGAUUCACGUGUGGCACACGAGUGGAUUGACAAAAUACAGGGGUGUAUACAGUAGUGGGAAUAGCAACCUAGGAUAACCAAUUCUGUACAUAGACUUCACUAGAGAUUACUGUUUUUAUCGUAAUGUGUCUUCCUGCUUGAAGGCAGCAGACUGCUUGCAAUUCUGUGCUCUUUUGUGUAUUGUUUUCUUCAAGGAAGAUGUUGCUUGCUUAGGAUCCAUCAGUCAUAUGAUGUGUAUAUUUUUGGACAUGAAGGACUCAUGGAAUAUCAAACUGGCAUUACCAGUAUCACAUGUGUAAGAAAGAGCUUUACUGCAACACACAGUUCACAUGCAUGAUGGAAGAUGCCCAUCAUUUGCUGCUUGAGGAUUGUGCCAACCGCUUUGGCUUAUACUAGUUUAUUUUAGCUUGAUUAUGCAGACAGCUGAAAGCUGAUAUAAUUCACUGUCUUGUCUGUUUCGUGGGCAGAAACCAGGAUUGCAUCCAUUUUGAAAUGUCAUUAGAAGUGCUCCUGGUGGGAAUCGGACUCGCAAUCUCAUGGGUGGGAGACGAACACCUAGACCACUCCUACUCUCAUUCAUAAAUAGUUUAUAGAUAGGUGUCAGCUGUCUUUAAUGUUUGAACUGUUACCAGCACCAUUAACUGUUUUUCAAUGCUGCAAGUGUCCAUGGCUUUAGUUCCACAGAGAUUAGGGUUAUACAUGACAGCAAUGACAUGUUACAGCUUAAUCAGUUGAAGUUUUGUAUGUUCUGUCUAUAAUCCACAUUGCAUGUAUACAAAUCACUGCAUUGACAGACUCAGUGAAACUGGCCCGUUGAUUUGUUUGUCAUAAGGUAGUGCUAUAAGCGACCAUUUUAAUGCCUUUUUUUACCAUGACAGUAAUGCAUAUUGGCAUGAGAAAGAUAUUUAUAUAAGUAAUUGUUGCAUAAUAUGACAUUUCUGACGAUUUAAAUUGGAAAACAAAUCCAUAUUAAAGAAUGAUGCAAAGUGGCAUUUUGAGCAAAACCUUUACUUUCUAUGACACUGUAAGAUUUUGUAUUGCAUAGGAUUUCAGCUCUAUUAUUUAUUUACAUAUAACCAACAAAUGUGUAUAUACAUGUAUGUUUGUAAUUGCAUUACAAUUUUAUGUUAAUGUUUUAAGUUUAUGCAAUAUAUCAUUUUAUGGUGGUGAAGUGCAAUAUGAUAGGAGUCAAGGAGCCCAGGUGUUUAUGUGUAUAUAAAAGAGUGAUGUGUCCUGGGAGUGUAUUCUGAACCUGGACCCUACUGAUAACAGUGUUAGUUGGCUUAUUGUUUAGAAAUGAAUACAUGUAUAUCAUGACUGCAGGCGCCUUGUUUCCAUUUCAUGGUUUCUAGGUUUUAAAAUGUUUGUGUAAAUUCAACAAUUUUUACAUACCAUUAUCUUUUAAAAAGGAUGCUUUACAUUAUACAGAAUUUCUCUCACAUUGACACAUUGUAUACUAGUAAUCAAAUUAUUUUGAUAGAUAUUAAAGUCAUAAAAUCCUUGAUAGUUAUUACAGCAUUUAGAGUACUUACUAGUAAUGUGUAUACUACAACAUUGAUAAGAAGGGUUCUCCUUGUUUAUCAUUGCAUAUAAUGUUUGUUCAUAAAGCAUUACCCCAUGUGUACAGUCCAAGCUAACAUUGGGAAAAGGUACUUGUGUAUGUACAGUCCAUCCAAGCUCACUUUGGGAAAAGGGCAUUUUGAGCUGUCAAGAAAGCUGAGUGAUUGUGUGUCUGUGUCCUUGGUUUCACCACAUUUUCCUUUGCCAUAAUUAAAAAGCGAUCAAGAUAUUCAAAUGAAAUAUACCAGAAAAAUUUUGCAUAUAAAAGGAAAGACCGAUCAUUUUGGCUUUUUAGUUAUGGCCCGUGUUGGAUUAAAACCUGACAAGUGUUUGCUCUGGGACAAUCUCGGUUUAGUAAUGGGUUACAAAGCACAGGCUUUUGUUUUAUUGCAUUAUGUUAAUGCACAUUGCAUUUAAAUGCUAAAUAUCAUCAUCAAUUGUCUAGAAUUCUGGUGCAAACCAGUAUGAUUUGUGAAUCCAUGCUAUCAUGGGCCAACUGUAUGUACCAUGUACCUUUGAUCUGUGAGUUCCCACUUAUAAUCACAGUUCUUUCCCUGACAAGGUGGAGCUUAGUAUUGGUAGAUAUUUUUUUAUUCUUCAAUGAUAUUGUACAUUUUGCAGGAGUACUUUUAAUAUUACUUCAUGGUGUUUAUUAUUAAUGGCAUCUUUAUUUUAAAUAUGAAUGUCUGAAUUGACAGUAUUUUAUUUUUUAAACAAUACUCUUAUAAAAAUAUAUUGUCACUUGAAAAAAAGAAGAUUUUUUUGAUAAAUAACACCAUUCAUGAUUCUUCCUAGAGGAAGUGAACAUGAGUUGGGAAUAAACAUUCACUCUAUGGUAUUACUUUUUAAUUUCUAUGAAGCUUUGUCAUCCCAAGUUCAUACUAGUUAAUGCCUGAAUAUAUGAUUUGAUGGCUCAUGACAGCGAUAUCCAUGACAACAUUUGAGGUCUUGUAAUGAAAAGUUUUGUCAAAAUUUGUUUACAUGUAUGCACAUGAGAAUUCUGAAUCCUGAUACAUGUAUGAACUGAGUGCCCUUCUCUGGUAUCUAGCACCUUCAUAAAACCUGCAGUAGAAUAUAUGUAUGUUGUGUUAGCAUUUGUAAAAUUGUGUAUGUCAUUAACAUUAUUUAAUAACUAAAUGCAAUCAUUAAAAAUAAAUGUUGACAAAUUA